GCGACCGGAGGAAUGCCUCAGUCAGAGGUGGACCUGGACCAGCUGGUCACCGUGGAGACAGACAGCGACGGUCCCUCGCACGCCCCACCCCUGCUGAUGCCAGACUGGACGUCACCGUGGCAGACGUCCGGCGGGGAGCUGCUGGAGCCGAUGGGCUCCUCGGGUCCGUCCGCGUCACAGCGGCAGACCGGAUCUGAGCCGGACGAUCAAUCUGAGAGAGGUGCUGCGAGGACACCGAACCUUGAAGACAGCUUGCCCGCUACCAGCCCCUCCCUCUCAUCCCUCCAGCGUGCUAUGACAACGGUAACCAUGGCAACCCAUCAUCCGGCGCACAAAUCCAGAUUGGGGCUGGAGGAGAUGGAGUCUGAGGAGGAGCCGGAUGAAGAUGAGGACGAUGAGAACUCGGAGGAAUCGGUGGAGGACGAGAGCGAGGAGGACCUGACGGAAACACCGAAAACAUCCUCAACGCAGCCUCCGUACAGCCUCAUCCCCCCGCCUCCUGUCUGGGUUCAACGCAACCAAGGGCUGAUGCGGAGCUGGGUAGAGCUGAUCAGAGAAAAGGCAGGUUAUGUGUCCGGGAUGUUGGCCCCUGUGGGCAUCGGCAUCACCGGGGCCCUGUUGAUCGUCGGCGCCCUCUACAGCAUCAGGAUGAUUCACCGCAAGAGGAGGAACAGCUUCAAACACCAGAGGAGGAAGGUCAGGCAGCCAGAGCAACCUCGGGAGCCGGGGACCAGCCGUCAGGACCAGGCCAUGCUGCUGGCCGACAGCUCCGAGGACGAGUUCUGACGAGGCCCGUCUGGGCUCCUUUUGUCUGUGACCAACGGCUGACGCUCCCGUAAAGGAGGCUCGGCAAACACCCCCAUCGCUAUGACAACCGCAUCUCCCAUCACCCCGGGCUGUUUGGCUCUGACUCAUCUGAUCCACAGAGAGCGGCUGGGUAGAGGGCACAGUUUGCACAGGCUGCACAAAGGUCAGCUUUGUAUCCCCCCCUGUCUAAAAUGUGAGCACUUUUCUGAAUGUCGUCAGGUGAUGUUGACUCUAAUGGCUCGGCGGGCCGGCGUGAUGCACUUUGACAUAAAAACAUAAUAUUGCUGCUUGUAAAAAAAAAAAAGAAAAAAAAAAAGAAACGCAUUAGCAGGGUAUUGGCAGGAUGAAAGUGUUGCUGGGAAAUUGUAGAGUUGAGAGAGAGCUGGUUUUCUGUCAAGUAAUUAAAAAAAAGGGCUGUAGAGGAGUUACAUAACAUAAACAAUGUAAAUACUGUAUGUAGCUGACUGUGUCAGUCGUUUUAGUGUACAUAAAGUUUUAUUUCUUGCUUCACAUCUAGGCUAUUUAAAGGAAUCGUUCAAUAUUUUGGGAAAUAUGCCUUUUUGCUUUCUUGCACGCCUUUUUGUUAGCAGCCAGCUAAAUAGGAGCGUUCCCACAACAUUGACUAACGUUACCCACAAGUUGCACUAAUGUGUUAAAGAAAACGUUUUAAUCUAAUGUUCAAAGAACAUUUUAAGGAUGUUUGUCAUUUCAAAUAAUGUUCUUAGAAGGUUAAAUGUUGGCGUUUUAACUGCAACAUCCUGAGGAUGUUUUGGUGAAAGAUCAGAGAGCGCUCCUCUAUAAAACAUUCCCACAACGUUACAUGAGAACACAGGAGCAACAUUUUCAAAGCAGCAUUCAGAACAUGUUAUUGA